AUGGCCGAAUUCGACCCUCAAAAGAAGUACCAGGACCAAGAAAAAGAGACAUUUUUCGACGACGGCCGCGAGAUCGAGCUCUUGCACUUCAUCUACAACAGGCCGGAUAUCGACGAGAUAAGAAACUCACCGGCCAAAGUGCUGGCUGCCAUUGAUGAGUAUGCUCGAACCAAGAAAUACCUCAUGAAUGUAGGAGAAGACAAAGGAAGGAUCGUGACAGAUUUAAUCGCCGAGGUCAAACCUCAGACCAUGGUUGAACUCGGUGGCUACGUCGGCUACUCCAGCAUUCUCUUCGGGGAUGCGGUUCGCCGGGCCGGCGGCGCAAGAUACUUCAGUCUUGAACGAAAUCCGGAAUUCGCGGCUGUUAUUGCCUCACUGGUUGACCUUGCUGGCCUGAGCGAUAUCGUCAAGGUGAUUGUCGGCUCCAGUGACGUCUCCAUCAAAAGGUUACACUCGAACGGAACCCUCCGACAUAUCGAUUUGAUGUUUUUGGAUCAUUAUAAGCCUGCUUAUACGACAGACCUCAAGUGGUGUGAAGAGCUGGACUUGAUUGCCCCGGGGUCAGUCCUCGCAGCGGACAAUGUCAUCAAGCCAGGAAAUCCCCCUUAUCUGGAAUAUGUCCGAAGCACGGUGGAACAGAAGCUGCAUGCCACCAGGACAGCUCCAACGGUCAAUGGUGUGGACAGCCGUUUUGCCGAGAGGACAGCGAAACAAUAUCUAAAGCGAGAGGGUGAAGCAAAGCUGGACGAGACCAGAGUGGGCAAUCCGCUGUUGAUCUAUGAAAGCAAGCUCGUUCACAGCUUCGAGCCUUCGGGAGUCCCUGAUGGGAUUGAAAUAACUAGAUGUGUUGGAUUAGCAACAUCCACGUCGAAAUAA